AUCUAUUCCUCCUUGUUCACCAAACUCUGUUCAGUUUUUCUGUUUUGGUUUUACUAAACGCAAAUUGGAUUAAAUUACGCAUUGCACCUUUAAGAAGCUGUCAGCAGGAUUAGAGUUACGCACAGCGAGCCAAGUGUCCCUCCGGAGGGGUUUUACGCACCGUCGGCAUCCAGAAGAGGCACAACUUAAGCCGCACUUCUCCUUCUUCGCUGGUCCUGACACCAAAGGGGAGUCCUCCACGCCACGCGCGACAUGGCCGAGAUAGGGAAAGGGGUCACCGCCGGGAAACUGGCCAUCAACGUCCAGAAGAGGCUUACCAGAGCGCAGGAGAAGGUCUUGCAGAAGCUUGGCAAAGCAGAUGAGACCCGAGAUGUUGUCUUUGAGGAGAUGGUGGCCAACUUCAACAAGCAGAUGGGAGAAGGCACCAAACUGCAGAAGGACCUGAAAGCGUACCUGGCAGCUGUGAAAACCAUGCAUGACGCGUCGCGGCGGUUGCAGGACUGUCUGGCGGACAUGUACGAACCAGACUGGUUUGGCAAAGAGGAGAUGGACGCGUUGGCUGAGGAGUUGAUAGAGAAGGAGAUGGACAUUAACCUGGAGGAUACAGACACACUGUGGUUGGAUUACCACCAGAGCAUCACGGACAAAUCUCUGCAGAACAUGGAUAUUUACCUGUCUCAGUUUCCUGACAUCAAGGCUCGUAUAGCGAAGCGCGACAGGAAGUUGGUGGACUUUGACAGCGCCCGCCAUCACUUCACCUCCUUGCAGAAAGGCAAAAAGAAGGAUGAGGCCAAGAUCGCCAAGCCAGCAGCCCUGUUGGAGAUGGCGGCUCCCAGCUGGGCUCAGGGUUUGAUAUCAGCUCACCAGGUGGCUCAGACUAACCUCUCCUACAACCAGGCAGAGGAGGAUUUGGGCCGAGCUCAGAAAAUUUUUGAGGAGCUGAAUGUGGAGUUACAGGACGAGCUUCCGGCACUCUGGGACAGGCGUGUUGGCGUCUAUGUUAACACAUUCCAGAGCCUGGCAGGUCAUCAGGAAAAGUUCCACAAAGAAAUGAGCAAACUCAGUCAAAACCUGAAUGACAUCAUGACCAAACUGGAGGAGCAGAGGCAAAUCAAUGAGGGAGCCAACCACAGUGAGUCGGCCAGCUCAGCACCAAAGAGGUCUGCUCCGCCUCCUGGCCCGCCUCCUAGUCGGCCUCCGCCCAGACUGACGCCAUCUCCGAACCAGCAACAGCAAAAUGUCAGCCCAUUUGAGGAUGAGCCCUCAGUGCAUGACACUAACACAGAGUCCACAACCACGACGCUGCAGGAGGCAUCAUGGGACUCAUGGCAAGAACAGACUGCCACAGAGGUUGAACAGCAGUAUGAUGAUGACCAGUACCAAGAAGAAGCCCAAGGUGGAUGGGAUUACAGCCAAAGCAACGCCCAAAGUUAUAGUCAGCCUGGCUGGGAUGAGGCAGAGACGGCAGUGGGUGAGGAGAGCUGGAACGACGACACAGACUAUGUGACUCAGCCAUACACCGAGCCCAACUGGGACAACGACGAUGCCAAUGUGGAACAGGGGGGCUGGGGUGAUGAUCAAUACACACAGAGUGCGGUGACCAAUGGCUCAGAUGGCGAACUCCCUCCAGGGUUCCUCUACAAGGUGAAAGCGGUGCACGACUAUGCUGCUACUGAUGGUGAUGAGCUGGAACUGAAGAUGGGAGACGUUGUGUUGGUUUUGGCCUUCGACAACCCAGAUGAACAGGAUGAUGGCUGGCUCAUGGGCUUGAAGGAGUCUCACUGGUUUCAGAAGAAAGAUAUUUCAGCCAAAGGCGUUUUCCCCGAGAACUUCACCCAGAGGGUUUGAGGUUUACGCCACAUGCAAAAUCUGCUAUUCAUACAAUUUCCUCGGAUAUCUUAUCUGAGACAGAAGAAGUCAUAUCGUCUUUAGGUAUCUGCCUACACACCAAAAUGUAUUAGCAAAACAUGAUUGGGUGCAAAAGUGUGUAUUUAAAAAAUUUAUAUAUGUUAAAAGAUGAUGACGAAUUAGGCUUUAUCUUUUAUUGUGACAGUUUGGUAAACGAUGUGCUAACAUCUCAAUCGAAAUGUUGACCUGAAAUUUCUUUUUGUUUUGAUUUGUAACUUAUUGAUUUCUUCUACUUUCAGUGAAUCCAAACAAAACACAAAGUGGUCUGUUACUCAUAUUUAAGUAAGUUAACAUAAGUCAUGGAUGUACUGUACGGAUGUCAAAAUUUUUUCUUUUAUUUGGAAAAGUAUGUUUUUAAAACAUACUCCCUUGCAUGAGGUGUUUCUUUGUAGUUUCAUUUUGUUUGUAAUACAGCAAACACUGUGACACCAGGCGGGGACCCUCCUAUGUGAAAACAAGGCUGUGAUUAUUCUAAAGUUACAGGAGUCCUCAAAUAGAGCCCUGGAGAACACCACAAAGUUUGUUUGCAGGGUUUAUGUCUUGCCUUGUCAAAAUCUGUUUCAGUUUCUUGAGCUUGUAGGAUUUUCAAAGGGAACAGUAGCUUUUAAUUUAUAUUACUGGCCAUUUUGAGGACAUGAGAUGAUGUGAAGCUUACAUUUUCUAAUGCUCAUGUGGUUUUGUUUUGAUUUUUUUUUCUCUCUUCAAUGAUGAAUGAGAUGGUGAACCUUGCUAUCAAACUCGGCUGUUUUUGUUUUUUUCCCUUGAUGACACAUUCAUUUUUUUUCAUAUAAAUUUGAUUUUCGAUGUCUGUGCUGCCAGGAUGUUCGCUUUUUCGCUGCUUAGCACGUUUUCUUUAAUCUUUUUUGAAGUAUAAAUAAGGAUUUAAUGUCACACUUUGUGUCCAUGGAGUUCACAGAAAACUGAAAGUGAAACAUUUAAAGCCUGAAAACUGAACCUUUCAGAAACCUAUGCAAAAGAUAUUUUUACACUGUGGAAUAAAUAAGGAACAGUUAAUAAUGCAGCAUCUGAUGGAUCAAAUCAGCAUCAUUAAAAGCCAAUUAAACAAUG